AUGGCAGAAGCAGUACUAGAAAACGUUAACGUUCCUGCAGUCGUUUCAAAAGAUGAGUGUAUUUAUUGCUUUGAAUCCCCUUAUAAUGAACCAUUGGCCCUCAAUGCAUCACCUAAACAUUCAUUGAAUAUAUGCUUAAACUGUUUCCAAGCUACGUGCAACAGACAUGUUCCACUCCAUAUCCGAGUCACAGAAUAUGCUUGCGAUACCAUACAUUCCAAUUAUUUAACUAUUGCUAAAGUGGAGAAACCUAAGCAAGAAAAUGUAGAAGAAAAUAAUAACAACAAAAAAAUAAAGCUACAGGUAAUUGAGACGUCAGAAGACGACACCCACAACACUAUUUGGAGUUUACAAAGGUUCAAUGGUGAAAAUGUUCCCAGGACCGUACUUUCGAAGUCGACAGACUCUGACAUUUCUUCUACGGCCUUGGAGAAGAUUGAAAAGAUAUUAAAGGCGAAGUCACAAGACUUCGAGGAUAAGAAGAACUCCUGGGUGUUAGAAAUCAGCACCUGUCCACAUACAGAAAACUUUCAAAUUCCAUCUAAGCCCGAAAAUACUGUGAAUUUAAACCAAUGCUCUUCCUGUGAUUUGACUCAAAAUCUCUGGUUAUGCCUACAUUGUGGUAAUAUCGGAUGUGGCAGGGAACAAAUCGGGAUUGAUGGUCACUCGCAUGCUUUGGAUCAUUAUCGGAGUAAUAAUAAUCACCCAUUAGCUAUCAAAUUAGGGUCUUUAAGCUCUUCAACCUAUGAUCUGUAUUGUUACGCAUGUGACGACGAAACUAGAUUUCCAGAUAAUGUUAAUUUAGGCAGUGCACUACAAAUAUACGGAAUUAACAUACAAGAAAAGAUUGCGGAUGAAAAGACUCUAGUUCAAUUACAAGUGGAACAGAACGAAAAUUGGCAAUUUAGAAUGGUCGAUUCUAGCGGUAAAGAAUUUGAAAAAUUAUCCGCUAGUAAGAAUUAUGGCUGUGGUCUGAUCAAUUUGGGUAAUUCCUGUUACUUAAAUUCGGUUAUACAAAGCUUGGUGAAUGGUGGCGUCCCGAAUUGGUCCUUGGAUUUUCUAGGAAGUAAAUUUCCACUGGAUGUUGUAUAUCCGGACAAUAAUUUAAAGUGCCAAUGGAUCAAGCUACUCAAUGCCAUGAAAUGUGAACCCGAACUAUAUCCAAAUGGUAUCAAACCUACUACUUUCAAGAAAUGCAUUGGGCAAAAUCAUCAGGAAUUCAGUUCCAAUAGACAACAGGAUGCGAUGGAAUUUCUAACCUUCCUUUUAGACUUGUUAGACAAGAAAUUUUUUUCAAGUAGUUCUUCAGGUAUUCCAAAUCCCAACGAUUUAGUUAGAUUUAUGAUGGAGGAUAGGCUCCAAUGUAACAUUUGCGGGAAGGUUAAAUAUUCUUAUGAACCCACAGAGGCUAUACAGAUUCCCUUAGAGGAGAAUGAUGAACCUCAAGAUAUGUUAGAGAGAAUCAAGGCGUAUUUUGAAGGGCAGACGAUUGAAUUUAAAUGUGCUAAUUGUAAGGAAAAGGUUACCGCAAAUAAAAAACCUGGUUUCAAAUCUCUUCCUCAAACACUUAUUUUGAACCCAAUAAGGAUUAGAUUACAGAACUGGAUUCCUGUUAAGACAAGUAAUGAGCUUUCUUUACCAGGUUUAAUAGACAGGGAUGAUAUGCUAGAUGUUUCGUCUUAUUUAUCACAAGGAUUUGAUCCUCAAACUGAAAACUUAUUGCCUGAUGAGGACGAAAACCGUAGCUCUUUUACGCCAAACCAAUGCAGUAUUUCUCAAUUAAUUGAAAUGGGCUUUACUCAAAAUGCUAGCGUGCGCGCCCUAUUUAACACCGGAAACCAAGACGCUGAGAGCGCUAUGAAUUGGCUAUUCCAGCAUAUGGAUGACCCUGAUUUAAAUGAUCCCUUUGUCCCGCCUCCUAAUGUCCCCAAGAAAGAUAAGAGAGAAGUGGAUGAGGUAUCAUUGACUUCAAUGUUAUCCAUGGGACUAAAUCCCAACUUAUGUCGUAAAGCCUUGAUACUCAACAACGGAGAUGUUAAUCGUAGUGUUGAAUGGGUAUUUAACAACAUGGAUGAUGAUGGAACAUUUCCCGAACCUGAAGUGCCAAAUGAAGAACAGCAACAAAAAAAGGAUCUUGGAUAUUCGACCGCUAAACCGUACGCUUUAACUGCAGUUAUUUGUCAUAAGGGAAAUUCUGUCCAUUCUGGUCACUAUGUUGUUUUUAUUCGUAAACUAGUGGCAGACAAAUGGAAGUGGGUUCUUUAUAACGAUGAGAAACUAGUUGCUGCCGACAGCAUUGAAGAUAUGAAAAAAAAUGGUUAUAUUUAUUUCUAUACAAGAUGCUAA